AUGGGCAGUGUAUAACAACGCACAUUCUGCGAGGUCCUGGGCAGUGCAUAACAGAUUGUCGUCGUGUUUCAAAGACAAGUGUCCUACAUUUGAACAGUACGUGGGAGCAAAGAAUGCAUACAGAUGUUUUCUUCUAUGAAACAAAUGUGCAGUCUAGUAUGAAGUUAAAAGAUAGAGCAUCGAAGAAAAAGGGCAAAUACGUUUCAAAUAAACUUUCAAUGACAGUGGCCAAGAAUCGAGAGCAUUCAAACAAGGUUUAUACUUUCAGGGACUGCGGCCAAACCCCUAGAGCACUUCAACAAAUUAAGAGACCAAUAUGCAUGGUUUGGCUUCUGCCCAAGCCCUGGAACAAUAGGAUGAUUGUGCACGGAUCUGAAAGUUGAGAUAAUGGAUGUCAAACUCCUAAUGCUUGCUUGGAAGAUGCGAGCUGCACGGCAGGGAUAUUUUACUUUGUUUAUAUUUUUCAAGAAGAUGCGAGCUGCACGGCAGGGAUAUUUUGCUUUGGAGGAGUGGCACAGAGGCCUUCAAUCAUUGAAAGUCAAUACCAUUGAUAAGUUGAAGAAUUCACUUCCUGCAUUAGAGCAAGAGGUUAUGCGUUCCCAAAACUUCUGGGACUUUUAUACUUGCUCUUUCCAGUACUGUUUGACAGAAGAUGGACAAAAAUAUCUGGACAUAGAAAGUGUCUGUAACCAGGAGGAUUGUAAAGCCAUUAUUCUUGACCACUGGCAGUGUUUUCUAAGCCUUUUUAAUAAGAUCAAUUGUCCAACCUUUGAUAUUUAUGAUUCAUUUGAUGCAUGGCCUUUGCUUUUGGAUGAUUAUGUUGAAUGGGCACAAAAGAGGCUGAGAUGAGACAACCACUACUUAGCACUAACCAGAUGCAUUUAUUGCUUUUGCUUCUGAAACUCAGCUAUAAAGAAUUAAAGAUUACUUAUGGAAAAUGGCAUUUCUUUUUGAAAA